AUGUAUAACGUCCAUCAAGAAAUGAUUUCAGAAUAAGAUAAGCAUUUAGAAGAAAUAAAUGAUGUAGCAAAUAGGCUUAAACACAAUGUAAAAGUAAUAGACAUAGCGUUAGAUGAAUAAGGAUAGAAAAUAAAUGAUUUAGAUGAUAAUAUAGAUAAAAAUUUAACGAAAAUGAACUUUUCAAAAGAAGCAGCCGGUAAUAAGUUUAUAAAAACAGGAGGAGAUGCAGUAGCCGAUGAUAGAAACUGGAUAGCACGUAUUUAAAAUGAGUUAAAUUGUACAUCAGCAUGGUAUAAAGACUGGGGAUUUUUAGCAGGUGGUGCUGAAAAUUUAGAUAUAAAAGAUGCGACAAAACUAUAUUCUAUAGAUUAAUAAAUAUAGAAAGUUAAUGAUUAAGUAAAUAGCAUAACGAAAUCUUUAAAAUAAACUAGUAAUUAAAUUUACGGAUAAGGUUAAAAUUUAGAAACAUUAAAAUUGACAGAAAACAAUAUGAAAAAUAUCCUGAAUUAAAACCAUAAGAAAGAAAGUUGCCUUAAGGAUGGAAAAAGAAAAAUGGACUGCACAAUUACAUUGAAAAUAGGAAUUUUUUAAACCAAAUUACUUAUUGAUCCAGGAUCAAAUGAGACAUUAAUUACUAAUUCUAUAGUUAUAGGUACAAAUGUAUUUACAUUUACAACAAAAAUGAUUGCUUAGUUAAGGGAAACUAAAUAAUUAAAAUAAGAUUUAUAAAUUUAUAAUGUUGAUAAUUAAAAUGAAGAAAUAGGAAGAGUGCAUGUAUAAAUAAAUUAUAUUUCAAAUGAAUUCUAAGAUUAAAUAAAUGAUGAUAUUUAAUUAGUAUAAAAUCUAUAUUACGACCCAUUAGAAAAAGAUUUAUAUAUUAUAAAAGAAAAAAGUGAAAAAAUAGAAAAAAUAUUAUGUUUAAAAUAAGAAGAAUAUAUUAAAGUUUAAGAAAAAAUAUAAUUUUUAAAUAAUGCUCAUAAAACUGUUUCGUUUGAUUUGUCAAAACUAAGAUAAGAAUGCGAAUCAUUGGAAGUAUUUUUAUAAAAAUAUUAAAAUAUAUUAAUAAUUUUAAUAUAUAAGUAAUAAAACAAUUAAUUAAGAAAUCAAAUUAAAAGAAAUAGUGACGUAAAUGAAAUUCAUAUUCAUAUUGAUGUUCUUAAAAAUACUAAUUAAGGAUAAGAUAUAUUAAAAUAAAAGUUAGCAAUCUUAAUGAACAAACUUUAAUUCGAAUAAGAAAUUUAUUAAGAUCUUAAAAAUACUUAUUUUUAAAUUGAAUCAUAAAUGAAAGCUUCUGAAGAAAUUAAAAAUUAAAUCGAAAUAGUUAAAGAAGCUUCUUAAUAAUAAGAUUUUCAUAUAUAAAGAUGUAGAGAUUAAUUACCUUAAAUUUAAAAUAUUAUUUCGACUAUGAAAUCAUAAGAAAGUAUAAUAAAAAACUUAAAAAAUUUGAUAUAAGAAAAAGCUUAAAAUAACUACAGAUUAAGUUCGAAAGAAUUAGAAAUAAAAAUAAAAUAUUUAUAGCAUUAAAAAGAUAUAUUAAUUGAAAAAGAGAAACAAAUAGAAAGUUUGCUUUCUAUUUCUCAAGAUUUACCUUUAAGUGCUUUAUAAAAAUUUUAAAAAGAUGAAUAUAUAAGAGAAGAUCCUUAAGAAAUAAAAAAAUAUAAAUAAGAAUGUGAAAAAUUAUUAUAGGAAAUAGAAUAAAAUAGCAUGGAAUUAGAUAGAUUAAAUGUAAAGGAAGAAAUGAUUUAAAGAUAAAAUAAAUUAUUUUAUAAAGAUGAAUAAUAUAAAUAAAAAAAAGAAAUGCUAUUAUUUGAUAUUGAAACAAAAUAAAAUUAGGCUAAUAUUAUAUAAGAUGAAAUUGUAAGAUAAACAAAAUAAUAUGCCCAAGAAACUGCAUAAUUGAAAGCUAAAAUCUCAAUAUUAGAUAAUUUAAUAAAAACUAGUCAUGGUAAAAUUUAAUGA